AACGAGUAAAACCAUCAAGAUGAUGAAAGUUGCAGGAACCGCGGCCAAGAAAACUGGCAAGAAGGCGGCAAAGAAAACUGGGAAAAAGGUGGCAAAGACCCAAGCCAAGAAAGCCGGAAAGAAAGCGGUGAAGAAGCAAGCCAAGAAACAAGUAAAAAAACAGACAAAGAAACAGGCAAAGAAGCACGCAAAAAAGCACGCAAAAAAGCAAGUCAAAAAGCAAGUGAAGAAGAAGGCGAAGAAAAAAGUGAAACAGAAAGCGAAGAAGAAGGUCAAGGACAAAGCAAAAAAGAAAGUCAAGGACAAAGCCAAAAAGAAAGUCAAGGACAAAGCCAAAAAGAAAGUCAAGGACAAGGCAAAAAAGAAGGUCAAGGACAAAGCGAAGAAGAAAGUAAAGAAAAAGGCAAAGAAAAAGGUGAAGGAUAAGACCAAGAAGAGCGUCAAGAAAAAAGUGAAGAAGAAAAUAAAAGAGAAGGCUAAGGAACAAGUGGAAGAUAUGAUAGAGGAUUUGAAGGACGAUGCCUUGGAUGAAAUACAAAAUGCUGCGGAAGAUUUUAUUCGAUUUCAGUUGGAGACAAGGCUCGGUGGACAACAUCAAGGCGAGAGAGAUAGCUCGAGUGAUUGGACUGAUUAUAGCGAUGGGGAAGACCCGGACGGUCAAGGGAAGAAAAGAAAAGGCACGAAUAGCAAGAAUCAAAGACGAAGGAAAUCCGUAAAGAUCUUCGAACAGGACAUACCAGAUACAGGUCGGUUUAAAGAGGAGGGACCAGGGCUCAUUAAGGGUAUUCUCAAGAUUGUCUUCUUCAUCAUCUGGAAGAUAUUAACUUGUUUCUGCUGGUGUCUCUGCAAAUGCCUCAAAAGGGUCUUUCGAGAUCGGACGCCUGCUGAAGCUAAGUGUUGCUGGAAGUGGUGCUGUGUUCCCGGUUCAUAUCCUAAUACUCUGGGCAAGAACAUUGGCGGAUUUCUCUCUGGGUGCAUACUUGCUUUCAUCUUCUACUUCAUCUUUAUCUUCAUCAUUGGUUAUGACUGGAAAAGAGCGCUCACAACCACUUCUAUUCUUGGGUUCAUAUUUUGUUUUGGAUUGGCCUUUUCUUCGAGGGUGCGGUGUAUAGUUAUGCUCAUGCUGCCGCAGUUCUUUACAGGCAAAGGACGCGUGAUUCUGAUGGCGUAUGGCUACAUCCUUCUUCUCGGUGGACCUCUUGCAAACCUUACCUACAACCUAGAUGCAGCCAGCAGGGCCCAAGCUUGUGGUAGAGCCCUAGCCAUGAACCAAUCAUCAACCAUCUUCCAGAUUGUCACAUCCCCUCUAUCCGGUAUCGUUGAUGGUGUAAAGGACAUGAUAGAGACAGUGAAGACGCUGGUUAAAAAGGCCCAUGAUGCAUUCAUGGCGCUCGUUGACGCUGUUAAAGCUAUUGGUGAUGCGAUCCAAGCGUUCUUUGAUUGGUUAGAUGGCAUGGUGGAUAGAUGUAAUGAGAAAAUGGGUAGACCGAGGGAUAUAUGCUACGAUAAGUUUGAGGAAGGAGAAAAGAAAUGCAGGGCCAAGGGACUAUCAUUUGUCUGCAAUAUAGUUGAUCUGACAAGUAAAAUUUGUGAGGUUGCUGCCAUGGGCCAGCUUCUCUGUUUUUUCCCGAUGUUACUCCACUUAGUUGUUACCAAGGCAACAACAGCCUUCGACGUAGCCGUGGACAAGUUGGAGGAACAGUUUUACGUCGAGUUUGAGUUCACGCACGAGUUCUCUCUCAACCGAAACUUCUCGAAGUCUGCUGAUGAUAUCAAAGAAGCUAUAAUGGAGGAGAUUGGAGGAAGGACCUCGACCAUCAGAACAGUCCUUUAUUGGGUUAACUACUUUCUAUCUUUUACUGUCGCAUUCCUCUUUAUAAAGGCAAUGAAGUACAGAGCAAGUUACCUGGCAAAGGAUAAAUUCGACAACGUAUACAUCACGGAUCAGUUUGUGAGGUUGGAAGAAAAACGUAUGGCAAGGAAAAAAUUUACUUUGUUCCCACUCACCGACCGAGAAACGCGAUAUUACGUCAGACCUUUCUCGCUCCGUCUGGCAAAGAGUGAACGUAAGAAGAUGGUGAGAGGAUUAGUGAUGUGGUUCUACCAAGCAGGUUAUGCUCUGAUGCUCGUAUCUGCAGAUGUAUCGGCAUUCUCUUUCCUAACUGUCAUUCGUGAGAAGGUCAAGAUGAGCGUCAAGCAAGGAUUGCCGGGAACUGUGCAUCUGAUUGUACAAGGUGAUGGAUUACUCUCGGAUGUCUACAGGGUCUUGGUCAAGGCUCUUGAUCCUGCGUCUCAUGCUAAUAUCACCAUAGAUACAACAAAAUGUCUACCAGCAGCCAAUCCUCCUGAUCUAUUCUCAUACUAUCAAAUAGGGGGCAUAUUUCUUGUGUGCCUUCUGCUGGUACUGACAGAAUCUUACGGCCGAAGACUUCGCCGGGUUGCCGCUGCAUACUACUACCCUGAGAGGGAGAAACUGCGAGUAGUAUGGCUGUACAACCAUAUCAUGAGGAAACGUGGUGGUUUGGUGGAAGCUCUCAAAAUGAAGUUUCAGAGACAGGGGCCAGACAAGACACAGGAAGAUAUUGGAUUCAGGAGCAAGUUGGCAUCCAGUUCACGUAUUUGUCGAUUGUUUCUCGGCCUCUGUGGGUAUGAUCGAAAGUUUUGUAUCGAGUGUGGACUUCCCGGAAAACCAGAUGAUCAAACAAACUUCAGGGAUUGUGGCACUCCAGAUUGCGAUGCUAUCUACUGUUUAGAAUGCAUUGCUGAGAUCAACAACAUGUGCACGUUAUGCAUGGGACCAGUGGAGUAUAUUGACUAUUCAGACUUGAGCGAAGAAAAAGAUUCAAGUGAUGAUGACUACGCAUAUAGGAGAAAGCAUGUCUCUAAUACCGAUUACCAAGAAGACAGCCAAUACCUUCUUGGAGAUCAGUACGAACAUGACGAUGGCUUUGGUGUACCUGAUUACGGAGACUACACGAUACACAUUGAUGAUGACGGAGACGAAUUCAUCGCUGAUGGGGACAACGAUGACGAAUAUGAAGAUAUUGAUUACGACGGUGUAUACGAAGACUUUAACGUGGAAUACUACGACCAUGACUAUGUGUGAGAAAACUUCGAAAAGAUAUGAGUUAGGACUAGUUGGACUUGGACAGUAAGCUUAAGGCGACCACACACCUUACGGUUGGUCUGCGACCCGAUUUCAGAAUAAAAUGUAGUAGAAUUUGAUGCUAAUAUUGAGACUUGGAAUAUCUUACUGUGUAAUGUUCUAAAUCAUCGUACGAAUACCUGUGUUCAAAUCUGUGACUAAGCUAUCAUCCUUCUUAGAAUAAAAGCGAAUUUAAUAUCUAAUCAUAAUGACGUCAUAUCAGUCGUACGAUUGCCUACGAUUUGAAACUAAUUUGGCCUUUACUCUAAAAUAAAGGCUUGCAAUCUUUCAAAAUGGUUAUAUUAGUAUUCUUUCAAUUAAUUUUAACCUCAAAUAAAAUGAUAUGUUACAUUCACUUUUUCAGAAAAUGAGCAAAAUGCGAUUUGUUCCAAAAUCGGAUCGCGAACAGUCGUAAGGUGUGCGGUGGCCUUUAGAAUUGAACCGUCCAAAAUGAAAUGCAGAGGAUCAUGUUAGUUUGUACUUGUCUAAUUAGUGAUGUGGGGAGCGUUUCAUCAACAUUUUCGUCCGACAAGUUGUCAAGUCUGACAACUUUCCUUGACUAUGAUUGGCUAAAAAGCACUGUUACCUCAGUAACUGUCCGUUAAAACAGUACUUGUCGGACAAAAUUUCUGACAAGUCCUCUCAUGAAGCGCUCCCCGGGUGAGCGGGUUUGUGAAUUCUGACUAGAUUAUAAUGAGGGUGUACUUAUAUUGAUAUAGCAGUGUACGAUAAAGGACAUAUAGACGGACAGUGUUCUAUCUUCACAACUCACUUGAGACCUCCAAAAGUAUAGAAUUCUUGGGAAAAAGAGAGGACCAGUAUUGGUGACCUUAUGAAUGUUAUUUUCUGAGUUAUACCCCUAGUAUAAGCUAUUAAAACAAAACAAUUAUUUGAGUCAGUGCAUCGACGGGGUGGUUUCACCGUCCUUAUUCUUUUUGCAAGGAUAAUUGUUAAGUACCAAAUAAUAAUUUGAAUUUCAUUUUUUUCCAAUUAUAAAAAUUGUAUGUUUUGGGAUCUUUUCACUGUAGAAUUUAACUGAUCUGUAGGUGAUGAAUGACGUAACGUCUGAAAAAAAAAUAAUUUAAGAUAGCCUGUUUGAAUAGGGUUAAUUUGAUCAUGGAUCCUAUGAUGUGAUGAUACCAACCCGCCGACUCGCUGCCCUAGAGUGUUACAGGUACUGAGGAAUGAUAUGCAAAAAAAGCUAUCAGAAUCCGCGCCAAUAAGUAGUAGUAGCCUCAGUUGUGAAGAUAGAUACAUGAUGCAGUACUUGAUCAAAAAAAGUUGAAAAUGAUUUCUUGGUAGUUAGAAAUAAAUGAUAUAUAUACCAGUCGGCCUAGACACAUGAAUAAUGCCCGUUACUAUGCACCAUCAUGGGAAUGUAUGGUAGGCAAUGAAAGUCAAUAAAGACUGCAUGGGAAGCAUCGUAACGCUAAGGGAAUUUUAUUGGAUAUUGAGAUAUGCAUUUCUGUCCAUCACUGUGAAAUCAUGAUUAAAUUUGAAAGGGGGUAGAUCUGGCUUGCACACAGUAGUUAUGUGAUAUAAAUAUCCGUAAGAAACAUAUAUAAUUAAUUCAAACAAAACUUUCAUAUAAUAAUACACCAUGCAAAAAUGUCUUUAAUAGUAAAGUGAAGCACGAAUGAGCACAAAAUACCGUACAUGAAUUUGAUAUGUCAUCACAAUUAAGGAUUUUUAGAAAAAAAAUAACUGCAUUACACUAAACACAUUAUUUCAUCACCGUUUAACAUUUACUUAAAUUAAUUAAUAACAUACAUAUCAAUACUUAUUGUUACAUAACAAUUUUUUUAGAUUUGCUCUCAAGUUUAUCAGCGAGGUUUCGAUCUAUUGUUUAUCCUGUUUGCUAAAAACAUGUUCCUUUAGACAAUGAUUAGAUAUUAAAAACAAAGAGAUUUCUAAAGCAUUUAUUACACAAUUGUUAUACCUUGUUCGCGAUGAUUUAGGAUCAAUAUUACUGUGAACGGUAAAACAAUUUAAAAUAUAUACAGGAAUAGACAUAGAAGCAACUCAAUUGGUGUGUGUUUUUAUGCAAUAAUAAAUCAUUCCUUUCUUUAAAUGUAUUUUAAAAUUGUGAAGUAUUAUUUAGCCCAUAGUACUCAAGGUAACCUAAGACUUACGAAUUUUAACUUUGGGACCACGUUUUAUGUGAUAAUUUUGGAUAAACAAACUUAUGUUAAGCCAUGUGUAUGAUUUGUGAAAUAUUGUAUAUGCAUAAAUACAAUGCUAAUUUUACCAUACAAUGAUCUUAUAUGUCUUAUCCUAGCGUGGAAUUUAGAUCAUAUUAACCACCAAUAAUAAUGUAAAGGCCUAUUCAUUGGCAUUUCUUUAAACUUAUCAAUCAAUGUAAAGCAUGUUUAUUACAUUAAUUACAAUACAAAUCACAAGUUAACUUUAUUUCAUAAACAUAUUUUAAUUUACGUUUUCAUGUACACAACUAUGAAUAUUAAUAUGUACAGUAUUCUUUGAAAUUCAUAUAUUCCAAUUGCACUUUAAAUUUUUAAUUAUUUUUAUAUUUGCACCAAGAUACAGAUUGCACUUGUUCAAUAUUUGUGACAUGCUCACCAUGCAGCUACCGCAAAUAAAUAAAUAAUUUGGAAUGUUUUCAAGAAAUACUUUUGAACAUAAUUAUGAAAUAUGUAUUGAAAAGUUCUCCCCGUAACAACCUAGACAAGUUUUGCACAUCUGAGAGAAAAUGAGUUAGAAAUACUUUUGAAACCAUGUCCCCAAGACGGUAAUCGAGGGCGAUUUGGGAUGUUUUCAAAAUACUGUGUGUGCGUUGUUGUUAUCAAUGCUCAAAGAAAUUGAUGUGUUUCAUUUGUUUUAUUACAUAAUGAUGCAGGGUUCUUACUUGUCACCAUUAUCUCAUAACAAUCACUAGUCAACAGUUUUAAAAUAAAUCCGCUGGUCAUAAAUAAACCAACGAGUAUGCUCCAAUAUAUAUAUAUAUUCAUUUUUUUUUUCAGGAUCCGAUAUAACACAAGAUAUACACGAGUUUGCAUCUACUUCACCAGGGUACACAAAUUAAUAUGAAUUGCAUUGGUUAGUGAUAGCAUGGACCUAUAGGUCCAUGGUGAUAGUAUAUCAGAAUGCAAAUAUAGUUCUGGUACUAGUAUUUGUAAUAGCAGUUGUUCUAUUGGAACCCACAUCAUCGUGAGAUAGAAGGUACACUGCAAAAACUCCGGUGUUGAUGUAACACCAGCCCGGAAGCUAUAUAUGUCCAAACCAGAGAAGUGUUAAACAACACCAGUUUCAAUUGGUCAAACACCAGAAAGGUGUUUAUACAACACCAAUUAGUAUUAAAACAGCAUCGGUUUGAUUCCAAACUGGUGUUGUUUCAAUACUCUGGUGUGGACAGAUAUAGAUUCCGGGCUGGUGUUAAAUCAACACCGGAGUUUUUGCAGUGUAGGUCCUAUAGUGCUAAAAUAGAGAUCGUCAGCAUGAAACACGAGUUUCGUGUUGAACGUUCAAAGAUUCAAACACAUUUUUUUUUGCAAAUUGAGUAGAUUUUCUUAAUGUUAGAAGUUUGAUUUCUCCAUUGAAUUAUGUGAUAUCAACCAGUAUGUCGUCUGCGAGCCUUUGCCCUGUGGGAUAAAGUGAAAGAUACUGAAGUAUUAAAGGGGUGCCGAACUGACC